UCGCGGUUCAUGUGCGCACAAGGCGUCACGAACUCUAUAGGAAUUUUCUCGGAAAAAAAUCAUUGAAUCAGAAAAGAAAAACUUUAUUUUAGAUCAGGGUAAUCAGGGGGUGAUUUUAGACCAGGGUGAUCGAGAUAUACAUUUAGAAAGUGCACCAACAAUUUCCAGCUUCACCAGUUUCAAGCCUUGCACAAAUUUCCCUAUUUCAACAACUGGCUCCUUAUCGUUACUUUUUUUUUUCGUUUUCUCUUUGAAUUCUUCCCACGAGCCAAAUGACCAUAAAAAAAGAUAAACGCAAUUAUCCUCUCUUCUUGGGAUAAAAGUACUGUAAGACAAGAAAGUAAAAGUUGAAAUAUUUCCAAAUAACUCUAUACAAAAACCAAGUUUUUUAAAAAGAUAAAAUUCCCCAAAGUUAUCGACCUCGAUCUUAAUUAUUAUCAAUCCUGAAAUUUACCAAUUAUUUAGUUCAUUAGAAGUAAAAAAAAAAAAAAAGUUGAAUGUAAAAAUGUUUGAAUUGCGCAGCAGGAAAUCACCUAAAUCGAGCAGCAGAUAGGAAAAGUCACAUUGAAUUUUUACCCCCAACUGUUCAGGGGGUGUUGUUGCCUUUCGUUUAUUUUACGAUAGGAGUCGAUCAGCUGUUUUUGGGAAGCCAGUUAUUUGGCAGCGAGCCAUGACGUCACAACGCUCACAACAAAGCCACGUUACACGCGCUGCGAUGUUAGUCAACACAAGUAAAGUCGGGAGUCCCGAGCUCCUGCGCAGACAAAGACCAGCCAGACUCUGAGCCUGACAGUUGCUUCUCUUUCGGCUCUCCAAAAGUCGAAGAAAUUUCAUCGCAAUUAACUUUUCUUUACUGCGACUAAAACAAAAAAUUGAAUUUGUAAAUUUCACAAGUCCAUUUUGAUCGUGCGCUAAUUUACUACGUUUUAAAACAGCGAAAUGCCUUUUUAUGCCAAAGAUUGGCGUUCACCAGGCGAAUCGUGGAUCAAAACGGAAGAUGGCUGGGAGAAGCUGAAAGUCUUGGAAACUAAUCGAAAAAGAUUAAUUACCGACGACGGUGUUUUCUACAGGUCAGUAGAUGAUGACAAAGAAAACUGCGCACUCGAUAACAGCCCGGAACUCGAUAAAACCAAAGGUUGCGUUCCACCUCACUGCCAGAUCACAUUGAAAUGCACAAAAGAGGUGGCGGGUUUCAAUGGGCUGAGCGAUGCCCUGCGUCGCCUGGAUUUCCGCAGCGCCGUUCACGACCACCGACGAUUUCCCUACACGGCCAAAUUGCUGGAAUUGUUGCUCUCCCAGCAUCGCAUCACCAAUCUGUCGGGCUGCGCUCAGAAAUCGGUUCUCAAUGUCCUGGAGGAGAUUGCAGUUCAAGCCCAAGGAAGCCAGCAAAACAUGCACGUUCUAGUCAAAUUGCUGACUGAUUUGCGUACCAUCGUACGAGGUGAUUCGUGGUGGGGAACACCGCUGGGCUCGUCCCAACUCUGGGGCAAACACGUCCGCACUAUCGAUCGUAUAGGCGCCAUUGCUUCCAGCAUUCGUCAUGCCGAGGCAGUUCCUGGCAGUAACGACGGGGAUGAUAAACCGAAAUUCGAGGAUUUGCCAGAGGAAUGCGUCAGGGAGAUCCUGUUUCGGUUGGCCGAUCACCGGGACUUGUUAUCGGCGGCGGAAGCGUGCGGAGUUGUUCAGAAGCUGAGCGCCGAGCAACGCUUAUGGAAACGCCUCUGUCGCUUCCAUUUCACGCCGGUUCAAAUUAGUUUCGCACUCCGGGAGAUACAGAAAGAACGGGAGAAACCUCCGUUGAACGUGACGGCAGCCCUUAACAAGAACAACCGCAGUAGCCGAACGCCCCAUCCUUAUCUGAACCCCAGACGCAGUCCCGUCCGUAGUCACGAUACGGAUUCUUCUAAACCGGAAGAGUUACUGGAUAACGCCUCAUCCGCAGAUACACGCGGACGUGUAUCGAGUGCAUUUCACGAGCAUUUGAAGCGCCACCGUGAAAAUCUAUUGAGUCUGCAAAGUGAAGACCAGGACCAGUCGAGCCAUCAGGUCAUUAACGCCAAUCACAACCGAUUGGUGAGCUUUCAAGACGUCAGGAACCAUUUCGAUCAGCGGGAAAUGUUGGAUAACGAGCCCAGGAUGAGUCCCCGGACGACGAAUCAACUUCCGCCCAGGAGGAAAAAUAACGAGAAAGAUGACGACAUUAGUCAGCAGACUGGUGGUAAUCAGUCUAAUUUGGAAACAGACUGGGAGGAUGUCUUCCAUCGGGCUCGCAGGUUAUUUGGGCUGCGUGAAGACUACGCCGAAAUUCUCCAUCUGUGCCGCAACUGCCGUUGCCUAUUUUGGAAGACGUACGGACAUCCAUGCAUAGUCGAUCAUCAACAGACAGAUAACAAAUCUGAUGAGCCCAGCAGCUGUGACCCAGAAGCUUUUUACGUACCCGUCCCGCCUCAGGCUUUCCUCAAAUUUUUCUCUCUUUAACAAAGAUGACAAUUUCUAUACUAUACUUGUGUACCACAAGGUUUAAAAAAAAGCCUUUUGGUUCGAUUUCGAGUCUUACAGCACCGGAAGACAUUCUUAUAUAUUUUCAAGCCACCCUCCGCAUUCUCUCUAUGAUACAUUUUGGUAUUUUGGCGUAAACUAUUUCUAUUUUGGGAACUCGUCCUUAAAAUGAUGGUGACUCUUUUGGAAUAAGGAAAAGCUUCAAAUCAGAUAUUAUUGCAAGUCCUCGAAGAUCAACUUGAUGAUUUUAUUUUAGCUGUUUUUUAAUAGACAAUCAUUUUUUGAUUUUAUUACUACGUACAGUAUGUUGACCUUACACUGUGAUAGUUUUGUUAGAGUGAUUGAUGGAUCUGUGUACACUUUUUCUUUGGUCGUGCUCGACUUUUUCCCUCUUUUAUUGGUGUCGUCUUUUGAUAUAACCGUCAGUUUGAGCGUCUAGAAAAACUGCACCAUAUCUUCUGUCAUUUUGAUCAUAGUCGUCCAUCACUCAGUUUGUCUCUUAGGAAUCUAAUUUUCGCAGAAAAUCUAAUAGAAUAAACGGUGUUUGAAGAGUCGGA